GACCCUCAUACUCACACAAGUAACUACUUCUUCAAGCUUAAUACUAAUACAUACAACUCAGAAAAAAAAACACACACACACAGUGUGAGAGAAAAUGGCAACCUUUCCAGUUGUUAACAUGGAGAAACUCAACGGCGACGAAAGGUCUGCUACAAUGGAGUUGAUCGAAGAUGCCUGCGCUAACUGGGGUUUCUUUGAGCUGGUGAACCAUGGAAUAUCUCCGGAGUUUAUGGACAGGGUGGAGAAGCUGACGAAGGAGCACUACAGAAAAUCCAUGGAAGCUCGUUUCAAGGAAAUGGUGGCGAGCAAAGGACUCGACGCCGUCCAAUCGGAGAUCGAGGAUUUGGAUUGGGAGAGCACCUUCUUCCUCCGCCAUCUCCCCAUCUCCAAUAUCUCUGAAGUCCCCGAUCUCGAAGACGAAUACAGGAAGGUGAUGAAGGAAUUUGCGGGGAAGUUGGAGGUACUGGCGGAGAAGCUUCUGGAUUUGCUGUGCGAGAAUCUCGGACUGGAGAAAGGUUACCUGAAGAAGGCCUUCUAUGGGUCAAAGGGCCCCACUUUCGGCACUAAGGUCAGCAACUACCCGCCGUGCCCCAAGCCGGACCUCAUCAAGGGCCUCCGUGCCCACACCGACGCCGGCGGCAUAAUCCUCCUCUUCCAGGACGACAAAGUCAGCGGCCUUCAGCUCCUCAAGGACGGCGAUUGGGUCGACGUGCCGCCCAUGCGCCACUCCAUCGUCAUCAACAUCGGCGACCAACUUGAGGUGAUAACAAAUGGAAAGUACAAGAGUGUGAUGCACAGAGUGAUUGCGCAGACGGACGGGGCAAGAAUGUCACUAGCGUCUUUCUACAAUCCGGGAAGCGAUGCUGUGAUAUAUCCGGCACCGGCUUUGGUUGAGAACAAGGAGAGCAAAGAUUUGUACCCGAAGUUCGUAUUCGAAGACUACAUGAAGCUGUACGCCGGAGUGAAAUUCCAGGCCAAGGAGCCGAGAUUCGAAGCCUUUAAGAACUUGGAAACCCCUGCUAAUUUGGGACCAAUUGCAACUGCUUGAGUGUUAUAUAUAUAUAUUCUUAGAGUGAAUUUCAUGAGUCGUAAUUAAUUAUGUGUCUAGUGUUAACUUUUUUAUUUUAAGUCUCUAUGUCCAAUAUCAUGUCAUGUCACAUUUGUGUGUGUGUGUGUGUGUGUGUUAAUUAUGUGUGUUAAUUAAAUUUGAAUAAUUAAGAUUUUGUGUGGUUUUGUUUGUUGGUAGAUCAUUAAUUAGUGUGUGUCCUUGUUGUAUUGGGGUUUGAAAGCUUAAGAGGACUUAUGUGGUGUUAAUUGACCCAGAAAUUUAAUGUACUAAUAAAGUGUUAUUUUAUCCCUUA